AUGCAGCUCGUCUUGCCCAAAAGACUGCUGUUGUUACAGGAGGUCAGUUUGCGCGAACAGACUGCCAGUUCUCAAAGACAAUCUGAUUGUCAAAAAGGCGCAAGCGGAUUGGGUCAGGCCUAUGUCAGAGCACUGGUAGCUGCGAAUGUACACGUGUGCUUCGGAGACGUCGAUGGAGCUGAGGGUCAAAAGCUGGCCGCUGAGCUGAAAGGAACAAAAUUCGUCCAAUGCGAUGUCACCAAAUGGCAAGACCAACUCCAACUGUUCCAAAAGGCGGCCGCUUCCUCCCCAACAGGCAAGAUCCACUACGUCGUAGCAAACGCAGGUGUAGCACGAAAACAUGAAGUCUUUCAAUCCGACAGCGAUGGCCUGAAAGAGCCAAACCUGAGCAUUGUCGACAUCAACCUAAAAGGAGCUCUCUACACCACGAAGCUUGCAAUGCAUUACUUCAUCAAGCAGAACGGCACAGAAGUGCCGUCUUCGCAGGAAGAUACCUGCCUGGUCUUGAUCGGCUCUGGCGCCUCCCACCUCGACGUCCCACGAGGUCCACAGUACUCGAGCACCAAAUGGACGAUGCGGGGGAUCAUACACUCCAUGCGAAGGACUACGCACUUCUAUGGCAGUCGGAUCAACAUGAUAUCCCCAUGGUAUGUGAGGGCCAAGAUUCUGUCCGAGCAGCUUUCCAGCACGUCCAAGACUCGGGAGUGGAAUUUGCGGAGGUGGAGGACGCUGGUCGGUGUCUUCUGA